AAGAGGCCGUGAUGUUCAACAGGGUACUGUACUGCACCUAGGAAACGACUGAAGGAAUGGAAAAAUGAAAGAAAAUAUGGCGCUUCCCACGCUGCCUUCUUACUGGUGCACGCGGAGGCCCCUGGAUCAGCAGAUGGCACGGCACCGAGAGCAGGCAGCCCGGCUCCGGCAACAGUGGGACCAGAACAGCCACUACUUCAGGAUGUCUGACAUCCGCAGCUCCAAACAAGCAGAGUGGAGCUCCAGGUCCUCCUACCAGCGGAGCAUGCACGCCUAUCAGCGUGAGAAGAUGAAGGAGGAGAAGAGGAAGAGUCUGGAGGCCCGACGAGAGAAACUCAGGCAGCUCAUGCUGGAGGAGCAGGACCUGCUGGCCAGAGAACUGGAGGAGCUGAGGCUAAGCAUGAACUCACGGGAAAGGAGGAUCCGGGAGCAGCAUAGCAAUCUGAAAUCGGCCCGAGAAGAGCAAAGGAAACUGAUUGCUGAACGACUUUUGUAUGAACACUGGAAAAACAACCACCCAAAGCUUCGAGAGAUGGAGCUGGACCUUCAUAAGAAGCACGUGGUCAACUCUUGGGACAUACAGAAAGAAGAAAAAAAGCAGCAAGAAGCCACGGAGGAGCAAGAGAAGAAACGGUAUGAAAAUGAGUAUGAGACGGCCCGGCGGGAAGCGAUGAAACGGAUGAAAGCGGAAGAGGAGAGGAAGCAGCUGGAAGGGAAGCUGCAGGCCGAGGCGCUUCUUCAGCAGAUGGAGGAGCUGAAGCUGAAGGAGAAGGAGGCGAGCAAACUGAAGAAGGAGCAGGAGAAUCUGCUGAGGCAGCGCUGGGAGCUGGACCAGCUGGAGGAGGAGAGGAAGCAGAUGGCAGCCUUCCGGCAGAAGGCCGAGCUGGGGCGCUUUCUGAGACACCAGUAUAAUGCACAGCUCAGCAGACGCACACAGCAGAUCCAAGAGGAGCUGGAGGCGGACAAACGGAUCCUGCAGGCACUCCUGGAGAAGGAGGACGAGAACCAGCGCGUCCACCUGGCCAGGCGGGAGCAGGCCCUGGCUGAUGUGGCCUGGAUGAAGCAGGUGGUUGAGGAGCAGCUGCAGCUGGAAAAGGCACGAGAGGCGGAGCUGCAGAUGCUGUUGAGGGAGGAGGCCAAGGAGGUGUGGGAGAAGCGAGAGGCAGAGUGGGCCCGGGAGCAGAGCGCGCGGGACAGGCUGAUGAGUGAGGUUCUGACAGGAAGACAACAACAAAUACAAGAAAAGAUUGAACAGAACCGGCGGGCACAAGAGGAGUCCCUAAGACACAGGGAGCAGCUCAUUCGAAAUCUUGAGGAGGCAAGGGAGGCUGCUCAUCGUGAGAAAGAGGAGCAUGAAGAGCUGAAAUCUGCCCGGAAGCAGGAGCUGGAAGCCCAGGUGGCAGAACGCCAGCUGCAGGCAUGGGAGGCAGAUCGGCAGGAGGAAGAGGAGGAGGAGGAGGCCAGGCAGACAGAGCAGUUCGCUGAUGCCCUGCUGCAGCAGGAGGCAAGGACGAUGGCCGAGCGCGGCUACCAGCCCAAGCCUUACGGACAUCCCAGAAUUGCUUGGAACUGACUUCUUCGUUGGUGCUGUAAGCAUAGAAAACAGGACGCUGAGGCCCCUGACACGCAGCCACCAGAUGGCUGGGUGGCAUUCUGCUGUCAUCAUUGCUCAGCACGGUUGGUCAGCUCAGCCAUGCCCCUCUGGGCACGUGAUUAAACACACUGGGUCCACCAGACUGAGGUGGUGUGGAUAGGCAACACCCGCCAAGAGGCUCUUUCCUACCUUCCUUAUUCAGGAAAGGGUCUUUUAAAGGUCCACAUUCAUUCGAGUGAUGUCCAACAGUCUCCCAACACAUGCAUAAAUAAUGUAAGAUUCUAGAUGGAUACGAAGAGCUACCAUUUUGUUCCUGGUGGCUUCCUGUCACCUCAUCCUUCAUUAUCAGCCUUCAAGGAAGGUUCAAACUAUAGACAGGCAAGUUUCUCAAUUUUGAAGAUCACUGUUAAAAUUAACUGUUCUAUUGAAGACAGACUUGUAGGGCUUGGUGCAGUUUAUUUCAGGGUUUAUUAAUGUAGUGGUUCCAACAGGGUCACGUAUUUUGUAUCCUGGAAGAUAAGAAGCGUGAGCAAAUCAGAACGUGGGGCAGUCUGAGUGGUCCACGCAUCUUUCUGGAAUGGUGGCAAGAAACUAAUCUUUCCUUCCUCAGGAAGCAGUUUGUCAGAAGUUUCAUAGAGAAUUGUGUGUGGGGAGGGAUCCCAACACAUAUGUCACUGACCCUCCAAAGGGACUUCAGAAGGUCACCCAGUUGGCUAACCUUCUAAAGGCAGGAGUGUGACAUUUGGGGCUGCUGGUAUCUUAGGAGUCUUGGCUGUAUGCAGCCUUCUGGGAUUUACUGGCUCCUAGGUCAGGAGCAGGGGACCUGAAGAAACUACACCAGACUUGAAACCCACCAUCCUAUCAAUACAACAUUCUAGGUUAAUCUUUACACAUAACUACAAGUCUCUUACAGCAAUAAUCACAUUUUUAUGGCUUUAUUUUUUCUAUGCUCUUAACGUUUCAAUAUUUUCCAUUAUAUUGUGUUCAAGAUUCCAUAUCUCAGUCAAUUAUGGCUAAUUACAGAGCCUCGUUCUUAGUUAUUGAAGCCAGAGUUUAUUAAACAUCCCUGAGUAAGGGCUGCAUCACCUUCCACUUUCACCGUGCCGUAAAAACUAAUGGAGCCACAGAUGUCAUCCUUAAUGUUUUUCAUUUUCCUGUCUUGGAUUUCUUUGGCUGUGAGCCUCUAAGCCCUGCCCUCUCUAUGCCUAUGUGUAUUUAUUUCCCCCAUUUCAGAUGGUCAUUCAUUGUGAAAUAAAGUUCCUAGGUUUUGU